GUGAAGUAGCUUGUCAUUAAGAAUGAGGGCUUAUCUGGAUGAGAAAUACUACAAAAAGGUUGUUUGAGGAGGCCCCCAGUAAGUCCAAACCGGAUGACACUAUCCGGAUACAAGAUCUAUCGCCAACAGACAGACAUGGACUUGCGAAAGCGGCAACCGCGGCCAGAGAGCCGAGACAGGCGACUGUCAUCGUCGCCGCGCGAUCCGAAUGUGAAGGUGCGCUUCCGCACGUCGCUCCACAAUACCGUGUGCGACGUCAUGACGAGUCUGGACGGAUGGGAAGAGACCGACAGCGACAUGGACUGGGACCUGCAUUGGGCGGACGUGGGGUGGGUUCGAGAGUACUUUGACGCGAUGCAGCCAAAGCUACAUGAACACCAGCGACUGAACCAUUUUAAGAACCAUUACGAGUUGACGCGGAAGGAUUUGCUGGUCAAGAACCUCAAGCGCAUGAAGAAGCAGCAAGCCAAGUCGGAACUGAGCGUUCCGCCGGCGGACUUCUGGAGCUUGACGUUCGUGUUGCCCAUGGAGUAUGGCAUGUUCUUGGAAGAGUUCAAGCGGUUCCCUGGGGCCAUGUGGAUUAUGAAGCCAAUCGGCAAAGCUCAGGGCAAAGGCAUCUUUUUGUUUGAAAAGCUCAGUCAAAUCAGCGAUUGGAAAAAGGACCAUACGUGGAAACCCGACGGGUUGCAGGCCAAAACGUCCGAUACGUACAUUGUUCAAAAGUACAUUGAAAACCCCUACACCAUUGGCGGCAAGAAAUUCGAUUUACGGCUAUAUGUGCUCGUGACGUCGUUUUCUCCGCUCGUGGUGUGGACCUAUCGUGCAGGGUUUGGUCGGUUUUCGAACGCUCGGUAUUCGCAGGCAAAGGCGGACAUGGAUAACUUGUAUAUGCACUUGACCAACGCAUCGGUUCAAAAGACAGCGCAAGAUUACGAUAAAAGCAUGGGAUGCAAGUGGCCUCUGGACUCGAUCAAGCAGUUUCUCAUCUCAAAACACGGUGUUCGGGCCGUGGACAGUCUAUUCCACGACAUCCAGACGGUGGUCACCAAGUCGCUUUUGGCUGUUCAACCUAUUUUAAUCCAAGACAAACAUUGCUUCGAGUUGUACGGGUACGACAUCCUCAUCGACAGCGACCUCAAGCCGUGGCUGCUCGAAGUGAAUGCGUCGCCAUCGCUCACGGGGGGUAGGUGGUGGAAACAUAUAUAUAUAUAUUUCUGUGUUUUUUUAUUUUAUAGUAACGUUACCGCGACUUUUACUCUUAUUAAUAUGAACGGAUGGCUGGCACUGGGGGUAGAUACUGACGAAGACUACGGAUUGAAGUGGAAUUUAGUUGCGCAUACGAUGCAAGUCAUCGACAUGGCUCGACAUCGAAAUGGAUCUGAGCGACAUGUUGGAGGGUUUGACUUGAUUUGGGACAAUGGACCGGUACUCGAUGCCCACCCCGACGGGUACUUGUCCUAUUUGGGUUGCGCAUUCGACCGCUUGCCUCACCAACGCCCAGUCAAAGCGUGAUAACUUAGACGACAAAUCUUGGAAUCUAUCUCUAGUAUAUACUAGGCCACGUCGUUAUAGUACCGUAUACCUUAUGGAUCAGUAAUUUUGUCUUAUCGAGUUGUACCCAAAUUGCUGUAUGGUG